AUGGAUGCGCUUGGGACCUUGCCGGAAGGUCGUGGAGAGGAAUUUCUUGACGUUGGAUCAAGCAUGAAAAAGCCAUUUUUAGGACCUUCGAGCACGGGUCCUCUCGCGUUUGACGAUGUUCAUCUGAGGCGUGCACGAGGACCCUUAUCUUCAAGUUCGAGUUCCUCCAUUCUGGAGAAAGAGCGCUUUGCCUGGCAGCGUGAACGCGAGCAAUUACACGCGGAGAUAGAACGACAGAAAGAGGAGCUGGAAGUGCAGUUGAAGGAGAAAGAUCGCUACGUGGAGUCCUUUAUGGAAGAUCUGGAGAAGCAAACUGCGGUCUUGAAGGAGGAACGGAGUUUGUUGGUCGAAGAACGUGCGGAAUUUUUGAAGGAAUUGGAUGAAUUCGAAAAAGUUGCUGCGAUUGGAGAGGGAGAGCAGCUUGUGGGGGGAAAGAAGGAGGUACUUGCUUUUUGUUCCGAUUGAACUUGUUUCUCAAUCGAGCAUUGUAACUUUUUUAAGGAUAAUUUAUUGAGCUUGGUCGUGUAUCGUGCUUUACCCCGUAGUACUAGAGAACAAUAUCACAAAAGUACUUCAAUCUCCAGUCCCACGGCAAGAACCAGCAAAAAAGUUCUGCCGCGAGACGAAAAAAUAGCCUGGCAUCUACUCGAGUUGUGGACCCGAACGCCAGUGCUGAACAAGACAAGAACUCUUUCAUCAAGCCUUUUACCUCCUCCCUCAUGCUAUCCAAGAUCACUUCAACGUCACGGAACAACGCCUCAGCUUUGAAGUUGCAGGACAGUAGUUUUGCAGAAACAGAGCUUGCCAACGCUCAAAAAAUGAUUCGUGAGAUGGAGAGGCAAUUGGCCGAAAGUCAUGCUAUACGGAAAACACAGAAUAGGCAGAUACUAGCGG